AUGGACACCUCUUCCUCCGGAGCCGAGCCGGAGCCGCUCACACUCAACAUCUGCUCCACACAGCAGCCUAUUCCCCGGCUGGGCCAGAUGGCAGCUGCUCUCAUCCAGGACAAAUCAGGGAAAGAGUGGCCUGCAGCCGUCUCGUUUAUCCCGGCUUUAAUGUUGUUCCAGCUGGCGGAGCAGCUCGGUUUCACCCUCUGCGUGGAGCCGGACCUUCUGUUUUCUUCACUGUAA